UCACCUUAAAACACCUGCCUCGCGUACAAAACGAGGUGUGUGUGUCUCCGUAUGCUAUCCGUUCUGCAGGUGUGAAAAACGGAGACUUCUCACUUGUAACGCGUUGUUCGAGGUAUCCACAUCACUGAGAACUUGCAAGCAUGAAGAAAUUCGUUUUCGGCGCCUUCUUCUUCGUCCUGCUCGCCUGUGCAGUUGACAGCUCAGAGAACGACUCCGCUGAAGAUUCCUCUGAGGAAUAUUCAGGAGACUAUUCAGGAGACUAUUCAGGAGACUAUUCCGGAGACUAUUCAGGAGAAUACUCAGGAGACUAUUCUGGAGACUAUUCCGCAGACUACACCGAGGACACAACCUACGACACAACACCGUGAAGGAGGAAUGGGGAACAGCCAUCGCUCGCUCAUUGGAAAAAGAAAAAGUUGUGAGGAACGAACGAAGAUUAUGAGGAACAGAGGUUAUGAACAUCAUAAUGAAUAUGACGAUGAAAAAGAAAAUUAAUAUCACGAGGUUCAUGAGGAAGGCAUUUAAUGAAUAUUAUGAGGUUUAUGAGGAAGGAAUUUAAUGAAUAUCAUGAGGAAUGAGUUUAAUGUAUAUCAUGAGGUUCAUGAGGAAAGAAAUAUGAGGUUCAUGGGGAAGAAAUGUAUGAGGUUCACGAAGAAGAAAUUUAUGAGGAGGAAGAGGAUGAUGAGAACCAAGAAGGAAAACGUGAUUAUUUAUUUCCGCAUCAAACACCAUUGAGCGAUGGAUGUCUUUAUGUUAAAAAAAAACUUCAGUAUGAUAAUCCUUAUGCCACAAUUAUAUUAGAUAUGAUUAGCUAUGCAUUUCGGCAAAAAUAAACAAGGAUAUAUGUAUACACAAAUUAAUAAAAAAUGAAUCGGA